GGCAAAAUGCACCACUUCUGUUGAGCAACACCAAUCUAAAAUUAAGAUCUGCGACAGGUUGAGCACAAUUCAAAUAAUAAAUAAUAAUUUUACAACCGCGAAGCCCAAAAUAAAAUUCCGAUCGAAUUGAAGCUGGCCUGCUCAAAACUGCUUUUCAGUUUUAAAACAGUCGUUACAGAGACCAGUUGUGCCAGUUAGUGAUUUUUCAGCUAAAAACACAAAAUGAGUUCCGCUGGUUCAGACCCCAAAACAUGCGCUGCCUGCAAGGAGACCAUCACCGCUGGUAUUCUAACAGCUCUCGGCAAGUCUUGGCACCCCGAGCACUUUUGCUGCAAGGAUUGCAAAAACCAAAUAACCGAAGCUAAGUUCCACACGCACGAAGACAAACCUGUUUGCGACAAGUGCUUCGCCGAAAAGCAUUGCGAGAAGUGCAAUGAUUGUGGCGAACCCAUCACCGAUAAAGUUCUGCAAGCCAUGGGAGCCCACUGGCACGAGGACCACUUCGUCUGCGGUGACUGCAAGACCAAGUUGAUCGGCACCAAGUUCAUGGAGGUGGAAGGCAAACCCUUCUGCACCAAGUGCUACACCGAGAAACACGCCUCCCGCUGCAAGGGGUGUAGCAAACCGAUCGCUGACAAGGCCAUCGUGGCUUUGGACGCCAAGUGGCAUCAAAUGUGCUUCAGAUGCGCAAAAUGCGAGAAACCCAUAAUGAAGGACCAGUCUUACAAAAUGGUUGGAGAAAAACCACAGUGCGUCAAAUGUUAAGCUUUUUUUAAUUUAAAAAAAUUUCGCAUUUAUUCAUUUUUCAGCUUUAUUAGUGUAUAUUUUAUCUAUGUUGUUGUACCUGCUAAAUUUUCAAUAAAUUAUUUAUUAACAAAA